AUGUGUCACACCAGCUGCUCCUCAGGCUGCCAGCCAUCCUGCUGUGUGUCCAGCUCCUGCCAGCCAUCUUGCUUCAGGCCUGCUAUAUGCAUUCCUGUGAGAUACCAGCUGGCUUACUGUGUGCCUGCGAGCUGUAGGCCCACUGUGUGUGUGUCUCCCUCCUGCCAGUCCUCUGUGUGUGUGCCCGUGAGCUGUGUGACCUCUCCCUGCCAGUCAUCUGGGUGCUGCCAGCCCUCUUGCCCCACCCUGGUCUGCAGACCUGUCACCUGUGGCAACCUCUCCUGCUGCUGA